GCUGCGUAUGUGACAUAAAAACCUUAAAUUCUGAUUUAUCGUCCUUCUUUGAGUCAAGGAUGUAACGAUGCGACUGAAAUCCUAAAUUCCUUAUAAACCCUAGUGCAAACAUUUCUGUCCUUGCUCGUUGCUGAAAGAUCCGCAGUGGUUUCCACUUAAUGCGUUUGUGAGACGCGCGCGCCUCAGAGAUCCGCGUGUCAAUCAGCAGAAUUAGCGAGCGGCGCAUCGCGCAGGCGUGAUCCAGUCUGAGCCGCGCGAGCUCGAGGCCAGUCGCUUCCGUCUCUUCAGCUCUACCUCUCCCGCCGGACACAUGCACACCGGCCCCCGGCGACCCUCCGCGCCUCUGUCGCACCUGUCCGGCGCGUGAAUGGCCCUCCCGCCAUGGACGAAAUACCGUUCCAGAAAGUCAAGACCCGGCGCAGGAGGAGCCACUGCCCGCCCGGGGUCAUCGCGUGCGAGGACGAGUUCGACUGCAAGGAGCUCGAGUCGCUCUUCCACAACUACAACCUUAAGCUCGACCAGACGUGCACGCUAAAGGCUCUGUUCGUGCUCAUCCUGCUGUCGUCCAGUCUGAGCCUGCUGGAGCUGCUGCUGUCCGGCGCCAGCCUGACCAUCGCCAAGGGCUCGUACCCGGUGCACUUCGUCGUCUUCAUCUCGCUCUUCAUCGUCACCAACGUCAAGUACCUGCAGGUGAGCCAGCUGCAGCAGAUCGCGCACUUGAGCCUGCUCUUCUGCUUCACCUGCUCGGUGCUGUCCUGCCCGUUCCCGCACGUGUCGGGCGCCACGGGUCCGGAGCACGGUGUGUGGCAGCUGCUGCUGCUGACGUUCGUGGCGUACGCGCUGCUGCCGGUGCGGACGCUGCUGGCGGUGCUGUUCGGGCUGCUGGUGUCCGUGUCGCACACCAUCGUCACGGCCACGUCUGUGACGGCGAAGACCCAGCGGCUGUGGAGAGCGCUGGCUGCGAACACGCUGCUCUUCACCGGAGUGAAUCUGUCGGGUCUGUUUGUGCGGAUCCUGACGGAGAGGGCGCAGCGCAGAGCCUUCCUUCAGGCCCGAAACUGCAUCGAGGAGAGACUGCGCAUGGAGGACGAGAACGAGAAACAGGAGCGUCUGCUGAUGAGUCUGCUGCCCAGAAACGUGGCCAUGGAGAUGAAGGAGGACUUCCUGAAACCUCCAGAGAGGAUCUUCCACAAGAUCUACAUCCAGCGACAUGAUAACGUCAGUAUCCUGUUUGCGGAUAUCGUGGGCUUCACGAGUCUGGCGUCGCAGUGCACAGCGCAGGAGCUCGUCAAACUCCUCAACGAGCUCUUCGGAAAGUUUGACGAACUCGCCACGGAGAAUCACUGUCGGCGGAUCAAGAUUCUGGGCGACUGCUACUACUGUGUGUCCGGCCUGACGCAGCCCAAGACGGAUCACGCUCACUGCUGCGUGGAGAUGGGUCUGGACAUGAUCGACACCAUCACGUCGGUGGCUGAAGCUACAGAGGUGGAUCUGAACAUGCGUGUGGGUCUGCACACGGGACGGGUGCUCUGCGGCGUGUUGGGCCUCAGGAAGUGGCAGUAUGACGUGUGGUCCAAUGAUGUGACGCUGGCCAACAUGAUGGAGGCUGGAGGACUGCCGGGGAAGGUGCACAUCACGCGCUCCACGCUGGACUGUCUGAAUGGAGAUUACGAGGUGGAGCCGGGAAACGGCCGCGAGAGACACUCCUUCCUGCUCAAACACGACAUCGAGACCUUCUUCAUAGUGCCAUCUCACCGCAGGAAGAUUUUUCCUGGUCUGAUCCUGUCAGACAUCAAACCUGCCAAAAAGAUGAAGUUUAAGACGGUGUGUUUCUUGCUGGUGCAGCUCAUGCACUGCCGCAAGAUGUUCAAGGCCGAGAUUCCCUUCUCCAGCGUCAUGAACUGUGAGGAUGGGGACAAGAGGAGGGUGCUGCGUUCAGCUCCGGAGAAGCUCAGGAACCGGACCUCCACGACGGCUAACACGACCCAGAGCAGCCCGGGGACACGGGUCAACCGCUACAUCAGCCGUCUGAUCGAGGCCCGGCAGAUGGAGUCGGACACGGCUGACCUGCACUGCCUCACGCUCACCUACAGAGACUCGGAGCGAGAGCGCAGGUAUCAUCAGCUGAAUGACGAGUACUUCACCGGCGCUGUGGUUCUGUCUCUCGUCCUCACGGCUCUGAUCGGCGUCCUCUACCUGCUCAUCAUGCCACAGGGGACGGUCGUGUUGGCGUUGCUGGUCUUCUGCAUCUGUUUUCUGGUCGUGUGUAUCAUAUAUCUGCACAUCACUAGAGUUCAGUGUUUUCCAGGGUGCCUCACCAUACAGAUCCGGACCGUCCUAAGUGUGUUCAUAGUGCUCUUAAUAUAUGCCAUGACCCAGGCCUGUGUGGUGGGCUGCAUGCCGUGGCUCUGGCCGUCUAACUCCACGCGCUCCAUCGUGAUCAUCGAUGUGUCCGCAGGGCUGAACCGCACCAUGGCGGAGCUGCCGUGUGAAGGAGCGCAGUACGCCCUGCUGUGCUGCAUGCUGGGGACGCUGACCGUGGUGCUGUUCCUGCGAGUGUCCUGGCUGUCCAAACUCUUUCUGCUGCUGCUGCUGCUGGUGCUGUACAUCACCGUGCUGGAGCUCAGCGGAUUCAGACGCUCCUCGGGGACGGUGUUGAUGAGCACUCACGGUCUGGAGCCCAUCCUCUCUCUGCUGCUGUUCUCCACCGCGCUCGCCCUUCACUCCAGACAGAUGGAGCUCAAGCUGCGUCUGGACUUCCUCUGGGCCACACAGGCAGAGGAGGAGAGAGACGGCAUGGAGAAAGUCAAACUAGACAAUAGGAGAAUCCUCUUCAACCUGCUGCCGGUUCAUGUGGCUCAACACUUCCUGCAGUCCAACCCCAGAAACAUGGAUCUGUAUUACCAGUCCUACGCUCAGGUUGGGGUGCUGUUCGCUUCCAUUCCCAACUUUAAUGACUUCUACAUCGAGCUGGAUGGAAACAAUAUGGGUGUGGAGUGUCUGCGGCUGCUCAACGAGAUCAUCGCAGACUUCGACGAGCUCAUGGAUAAAGAGUGUUAUAAAGACAUUGAGAAGAUCAAGACCAUCGGCAGCACGUACAUGGCAGCGGUGGGUUUGGUGCCCACCAUCGGAACCAAGGCAAAGAAAUCCACUACGGAGCACCUGAGCACCAUCGCAGACUUCGCCAUCGAGAUGUUUGACGUUCUCGAUGAAAUCAACUAUCAGUCAUAUAAUGAUUUUGUCUUGAGAGUGGGUAUUAAUGUGGGUCCGGUGGUGGCCGGGGUCAUUGGGGCCCGCCGGCCGCAGUAUGAUAUCUGGGGAAACACGGUGAACGUGGCCAGCCGCAUGGACAGCACCGGAGUGCCUGGGAAGAUACAGGUGACAGAGGAAGCAUACCGUCUGCUUCAGAACGACUAUGAUCUGGUGUGUCGUGGAAAUGUCAGCGUGAAGGGCAAAGGUCAGAUGCUCACCUACUUCCUGGAGGGUAAAGCGCAGGACGCGGGGAACCGAGCGCCGCAUCACACCGGUGGCCUGGAGCGCAGGGUUCAUGCCAUCGCCCGCUCCAGCAGCACACACACCAAAGCCGGCAGCACCGCGUCCCUGGCCUCGGGAGUCACUCCUGGGCCUCGCGGACACAGUGCUGCUCAUGUGCCUGUGGUCGGAGAAGAGCAGGAGGGCAAAGGGGGGGAGAUGUAAGACCGGUCGCACACUACACACACAAGUAUCACAUCUGCAGGUGGAAAGAAUGAACCGUCUUCCCUUUAUUCACCUUCUCAAAACACAUGAAUGGAUCUUCACUGCACAUCAAAUCAGUUCUCCUGGAUAAAUUCAGGUACUGUUUUGCUUUUCUUUCCGACUUGAAUAAUGGAAUUUGGGUUAGGGAACUCCGUUUCACUUUGAUUCUGUCGCACUGCGUUCAGAGCUUCGCAUGAUCUUCAGCAAUGUGUUUCAUUUCUCAAGUUUUAUGCCAACUUCUUAUAUGUGCUGUAAAUAGUAGAUGUUCUUACGAUCAGAGUUUGUGUAUUUUGUUUUUGAAUUAAACUCUCCAGUGCAUUUGAAUGAAUGUGAUAGUGUGUGAAUGAGAUACAUUUAUAACACACAGAGCAGCAAUAGAAGCAGGACAUUGUUGCACUAGAUUGUGAUUUCUUAUUUAUUCACUCUCACACACUCUUCAUCUUCAUCAUGUGAAAGAGUCCCGCUCACACGUUUCUAAAGGCUAAGACUGCUGGAGAAAUCAAAGAUCUCUUACUUGAUGACACAUUAACAACUGUACUCUGAUUUCCGAUAAUAAUCAUCUUAUAAAUAGAUAAGUAUACACUGUUUCAAAGCAGCAUGUGUAUAUAGAACAAGAGAAAUCAGGGAGUUUGAUAACAGCCUAAAGAAAGCUUCACCAUCAUCAUAAUCCUCUGCUGCAGUCACUUUGACAGACUGUUCUGACAAUAUAAGCUACAAUCUGACAUCUAUAUUCACACAUACAGUGGAGUCCAAACAUAUGACACUGCAUUCAGUUUCACAUUUUUGCCAUUUAUUAAAAAAUUGUGUAUUACAAGUUAUACGUACAACAUUGUAUUAGCAGAAUCAAAUGGAGUGAAGUACAGUUAUAUUGGAGUGAAAAAAAUGAAGAUUGAUGUGAAAAUGUCUCUCAGUAACACUGGAGCUACAUGAAAAAAACCUGAUUAUCACGAUCUGAGAUGAGUCACAUAACAAUCCAGCACAAUCUGAAAAACCUCUUAAACAGCAAUGUUUACACAACUUUGGCAAGGUUUUCUCAAAGUUAUGACCAAAAGCUCUUCCAAUAACAUUAAUAGACCAUUUGUUCUGAGUAAUCUAGUCUUUAAAAAUGUUCUCUAAAUAUUAUUCAUACAUCAUAAUUUCAUCAUAAUGGGAAUUUUAGCUUGGCUUUGGCUAUGCAUUGAAUGUAACUUUUGAUUUAAAUGAUUUAAAGGAUAUUUUGAUUCUCAGAUUGAUUGUUAGGUGUGUGAUUAGCAGGGACAAACCUCCACAUGCUGAACAUGUGCCAAGUAUAUCACAUCUCAAUCUGAAGUGCAAUGAUUGGACAUGAUUCUGUCAUCAGCAUUCACUGUAAUAAUAUCAGCAACACAUUCACAUGCAGAUGAAAUGUGACUGAAACUAUCAAAUACUAUAUACUUUAUGCUGUAAGAGAGCUAUGUGCAGAAGUUUUCACUCAUGGAUGUUUGACAUGUUACUGAGUUACUGAGGGGGAUAGUUUGAUGUUACCAAGGUCAGUUAUGUGUAGUCUAUGUGUGCACAAGAGUACAGUGACUUUCUACUGACACGGAGGUCAACAACCCAUCCACGAGGAACGUCUCGGUUAUGUAUGUAACCAUCGUUCCCUGAAGGAGGGAAUGGAGACAUCAUGUCGGUGACAGACGAAUUGGGAUCUUGUUUCGAGAAACCAAUUUACUUUGAGUGUAAA